AUGCUCUCAGUCCAGAGCUGCACCACAAGGAAUAUGGCCGGCUCUCCUCCGCCUUUGCCAGGCUUCGGAAACUCAGGAAAGAGUUUUUUGAUUGAAAAUCUGCUGCAGUCUCAGACGCCCUCUGCUCAUCAGGAGGGGACAGCAGGUGUACACCUGAGACUGGCAGGGUAUGAAGGUCCCAGGAGGAGUUGGGGCUCUGAGCAUGGAGUCUACGAAAGCCAGGCCCACAGUCCUCAGCAGCUGAAAACCUUAGGACCAUUUAUGCCACACUCAGGUGUACUGAGCAGUGUUUUCCUGCAGAGCCCGCAGUAUCUGCUGGCAUGCUGCGGUGGGUCCAGCCCCCCUCCUGUCUUCUCCAAGGGAGGAAACAUUCGCAUGUGGUCUACUGAUAUGAGUCAUAAAACGCGCAGGGGGAUCCUCAGGAGGGCAGUGUUCUCUGAAGAACAACGAAAGGAGCUGGAGAGGACAUUUCGGAGACAAAAAUACAUCAGCAAGACAGACCGGAACAAACUGGCAGCUGAUCUAAGUCUCAAGGAGUCACAGGUCAAGAUUUGGUUUCAGAACCGACGAAUGAAGUGGAGGAAUUGUAAGGAGAAGGAGGUUCAUAACAAUCGCUCCCCAAUGGACGAGCUCAUGGCUCAAGGUCUCGCUCAAGAAGAGGACGAACCAUCGCAGAAUCACACUGACACAAAAACAGAGAAAUCCCCGCUACAGAAAAGUGCCAGGGACACGUGA